ACUGGGUCGCCCGUCAUCGAGGGGGCUCUCAGAGGCGCUUUAGGACCCAGCGGCGCAGCGGGAAGGCGCUGAUCCCAUGUGCUCCGGUCCCCUCCCCCUCCCCCUGCCUGCCUGCCUGCCUGCCUCUAUUGUCUGAGGCUGAGCAGCCCGGCGGCGGCGGCGGCGGCGGCCCGGGCAGGGAUGCGCGGCUUGCGCAGCGCACCGGCGAGCGCGCACGGCUGGCGGCGCUGACUGCCCGCUCGCACCUGGAGUUUGGCGCCGCAGCGGAGCCGGGCUGCCGUGCGUGUGUGUGUGUCUGUGUGUGUGUGAGAGAGAACAUGCGCUCCACAGCGCCGGGAGUGGGGAUCUGAGCCGGAGUUGGGAACGGAUCGGCUCCUGGAGAAUGGAGUCCCCUCGUGCAGCUGCCCGCUGGCUCCUGCUGGCCGUCGCGCUGCUCCACCUGCGCGCCCCCGGAGGUGAGUCCUGGCUGGGGCUGGAGCACCCUCGCCGAUCUAGCUGCGUUUUUUUGCCCCUGGCUGGGAAAUGGGGGUGCGAUCACGACUUGGAUGUGGGGGUCUCGCAUGUUCCUAAAGCGAUGGACCGCCCUCCCCCGUCAGAAACCGAUGCCGUCCUUUCCCCCUGGUUGGUAGGGACCCUCUUUUAAAAAGCGGCUUUUGAAAAACUAUACUGCCUUCACUUCGGAUCUCCAUGGAAACAGCUGAACACCUCUGCGCGUCUGCGGGGUUUGUGUGCGUGGGGAGCCAAUGGGCUCUUCUCCCCCUGCUCCCCCUCUCCGGACCCUUGAGCGCUGCUCCCUGAUCCCCAAGGAGGUGCCCCUCCAGUUGUUUCCCGGGCCAGCAAUGCCCCCACCCCACUCGAUCUCCCCGUACUGACAAUCAGGUUGAAGUGGAGCAUCCUUUCGACCCCCUCCACCUCGCGUUUUCGUUUAUUUGUUUACCGAUUUACAUGCCGGCUUUCAAAACAGAAGUUUCCCCCAAGGUAGCUUCGGAACCGAGCCAGCUCUGGGCCCCCACUCUGCACCCCAUAGGACCCCCUCUAUGUGCUUUGCAGUUGCUAUCGCAUCUUUUAUGCGUCUUUCCUCUACCUGCUGCUGAAGGGGGGGUGGGGUUAAGGAAAGAAGCAGAUUUCUCUAGGACUUAUCUUGAAAUGCAAAUGACUCUUCAGUUGCUGCUGUAAUUCAAUUAGCUUUUGGUAACCCCCACCCCUUUUUUCCCCAGCAAGACAUGAUUAUUCCCCACAGUGUAUCUCCCCUCACCCUCCAAGCCUGCAAGAUGGGUAGGCUACUUGCAAAUGAUUCAAGCCUUAGAGCUGAUAGGUCUUCCCUUGGGAAGCUGAAGCUGAUGAAAUUGUAUAUUGUGUGGAGAAAGAGAGAGCAGAAUUCUACCUGUUCUGGCUGAACCUCUCCCCUCAAAUGCUCCACCCUAUUCCCCAGUCCUCACUUCAGCCUUCUGAAGAAGCUUUUCUCCCAAUAUGGGUCCUUAUGCUGAUUUAUUUGCGCCUGCUCUGAGACUGUUACUGUUCUCUGACUUUGAUGUUCUACAGUCAUUUUUCCACAGGCAAUUUGUUGUAGUCAGAAUGUGCCACUAGUCUUGCGUUGGUUUAGAAUCUCGUAUCAAGGCUUAUAGAUGACCACAUACCACUGUAGUGAGUAGCAGCACUUUUCAGCUGUGCUGAAGAGCGAGCAUUUCCUCCCAUCAUUUCCUCUUUUAAGCACAAUUGUUGAGAUUAUAGCACCAAUUCUCCCAGCUCUAGUAUAAAUUCCUAUUAAGCAGAGGGUGCCAAGCAAUGCUUCUGCCCCUUUACUAAUGUUAACUGCACAACUGUGUGCCUGGCUGAUUUAAAAACUGCCUCCAGAGCCAUAUGCACAGCCAUUGACGAAGGAAUACGACCUAAGUCGAUCCCUUAACGCAGAUGGCUUUUGGCUGCACGCAUGAUAUCCUCCACAACGUAUCUUUGAUGGUUUUGGCCAAAGAAGAGGCGCCCAACAUUGUUUUGAUCAGAUUGUUCCUGUGUUGAAUUCUUGACAGAAAGCUCAUUUAGUCUCCUUGGAGCAAAGGAUGUUUCUGAGCAUCAGUCAUCAUCGGAACCAUUUAAAAAGUGACGAAUAAAUCCUCCCCUUGGUCCUGUUCAUUCAAGGGGAGCCUGUGAAGCUACCAGGAAAUGGUUAUUGCCUGCAAUAUCUCAAAGCUGUGGUGGAUUCAUUUAUUGUUCGCAGCCGCUGCUUUUGAAGUGAUUGCAGAACUGGUGGGUGCUUUAAAUGGGAGCAUCCCUGGAGAAAAACUGGUGUACAAGAUGGCAUAUCAAAGGAAGAGGGCCCUGAUGGUCAAAAGAGAGAGGGAGAGAAACACAGGGAGAUUAGAUAGAUAGAUAGAUAGAUAGUUGGACCUUGAAGGGUGUAGCACCCACCCACCCAUUGAGGUUUGUAUGGAAGGAAAGGGGGAAAACUCAAUCAAUCCAAGAAUGAAGAGGACAGGUUAUAUAUCUGGAUCAUGUUGUCAAGCUGACGAGGGGGAAAUUGAUGGAAGAAAUGGUGAUUAGCAGAGAGGGGGAGCAGAGGUGACAAGAGGUCUCACCCUAAGGGAAGAAGAAGCUAAAUUUGUAAAGAGGCCACUUGUUUCCUUUCUCCUUCUGCAACCUAGAGGGGCAGGGGGUGAUGUCACGGUAUCUCCCAGCCAUCUGCUGCUUCCUCAGGGGAAAGUCUGUGACCCGACCCAGGGCCUGUGGGAGGUGCGAUAAGGGGAUCCCCGCAGGGCUCAAGAUCAUUAAUGCUCCGCAUACAGAGGAUUGAGUGGGGAGAGCAGAACUGCUCAGGUUUAUGGAGGUUGCAUUAUGGCCAGGGAUGCACAGCUCCGUCUGUGUGUCAGCUUCAUUGUUAGGCAGUUUCCAGAGGGGCAGCUGUAUUGUUAGUAGGUCACAGCAAAGACAACCAAAAGCGUUUUGUGGCACCUUAAAGGAUUAGCCGUUUGAAAAUGACGUAUGCCAUAAUAAAAUUAGUUAGUCUUUAAGGUGCCACAAGACCCUUACUGUUGGGCAGAGCACUUCUACAUCCCCACUAUUAAUGGCCGCUAAAUCACGAAGAGUCGGGCACGACUAAGCGACUAAACAACAAGAUCAGUGCAAUAUAGUCAAGAUAUUGUCCUUGUCUGGCAAACAUAAGAUGAGGAGGACAGGAUUGCACUGUCGGUUUGUGGGAUAUAUGAUUUUCUUUGGUCAAAAAGAAAUUUUUGUAACUUCUACAUGACUGUCACUAAAUUAAAAUGUGCUGUUCCAAGUCUGAGUGAAGGGUAUCCUUGCUCAACAAUUGUAAAAAGUUGUACAUGCUCUCAGGAGUAGGUUUAAAUUUUUUGGUUUUCAAAAAAUAUGGUUUUUUUUUAUAAAAAAACUAUCUGUGGAAAAAGAGGGGAGUGUAAGUUUUCCUUUAAAGCACGCACGCACGCACGCACGCACGCACACACACACACACACACACACACUUUUGUGGUAAAUGUCCAAGAAAGCCUAAAAUAAACUUUCUUUUGUAAUUCACCCUUAUCUCCAGAUUAUUAUUUUUUGCAGUCUCUGACUUUCUCUAUUACUUUCUUGGUCCCUUCAUGUCUUUUAUUUGCUUGCUUAAGGGAAUCUGAUCUCCUCUGAAGAUUUCUUUUUGUGUGUGCCCUUUUUGUGCCUGCAUUUCCAUUUUCUUUGUAGUGCUGGAUGGCAGACUGUAAUAUUUUGGUUGGGGCGUUCCUAAUUCCCUGAGCUGGGAUGGCAUAUGCAGAGCAAGAGGAUUUGGGUGGGGAAUUACUUGCCAGCUCCCAUCUAGGGAUUUGGCUUUUUAGUCUUUUUGAAGUCUUACUGCUUUCCCUGAAUCACAGCCAGUAUCUUUGGUUUGGUUACUCCACUGAUGCCUAGAAUCUGAUUGAUGCUGACUCUCCUAUUUAGCCUGAAGAAGAGAAGGUUCAUUUAUGUAUUAAAUUGAUAUCCUGCCCUUUCUCCCAAAGGAGCCCAGGACAGCAUCAAGAUUAAAGGGAUACAGGAUAGUGCACUCUGAAUAUCUGCCAUGUGGAAGGUGGAGCAGACUUUUUUUCUGCUGCUGCUGCAGAGGGCAGCUCUAAAACCAGCGGACAGAAAUGGUAGGGAAGAAGAUUUGGGUUAAACAUUAGGAGAAAUGUACAAGAUGUUCAAAAGUGGGACAGGCUGCAUUGGGAGGUGGUGCUCUCCCACAUUUAAGCAGACUUGAUAGCAAUCUGUCAGGGAUGAUGUCAUUGCACCCUGUAUUGUUGGUGCUGCCUUGAGCAGGGGUUGGACUAACAUGACCUCUGAGGUCCCUUCCAGUUCUGUCAUUCUACGAUUCUCACCCAACGUCACUUGGCCAACUCUAGCAGAGCAUGAAUGUGUGUAGCACGGGGGAGUGGGGGGCUUUUUCUUCAUUCAGUGCAUGCAAGCCCACCCCUGCCUAUGGCUUGGUCCUUGUCCUCCAGGGCAGCACCCAUGUGACACUCUGAGCUCAUAGCAUGGGAGAGUUGGAAGGGACCCUGAGUGUCAUCUAGUCCAACCCCCUGCAAUGCAGCUAAAUCUCAGCUAAAGCAUCCAUGGCAGGUGGCCAUCCAACCUCUGUUUAAAAACCUCCAAGGAAGGAGAGUCUACCACCUUCCGAAGAAGUCCGUUCCACUGUCAAACAGCUCUUACUUUCAGAAAGUUCUUCCUGAUGUUCAUUCAGAAUCUCCUUUGACCUUGUCACGAACAAAAGGUGUUUGGUUUUGUGCUGUACCCUUAUUUCUAGAUGCACGCGGGAGGGGGGAAAAAAGGUGCAGUGUUAAAAUGUCCAUGGACACAGCUGUGCCAGGACCACAUCCUGCUUUGGUGCUUUCACUUUAACCCAGAAGAAUUGAGUGGAAUCCUUGUAAAAAAACAGGGAUGUGACAACUCAUAUUGAUAUUAUACGCUACCCAACCCUACAAAACAUGUGAUAAGCACAAGCACAAAAGGAAAUGUGCAGAUAAUAUCAGAGAAAGAUGGGAGAAAUAGAUAGUUCUGAUCUCUCUGCUCUUGUCUGCAGUGCAGAUGGGUAGGGGAGCAGGGUUGGACUCUAUGGCACUUGCAAGAUCAGGGACACUGGGAAGAUGCGUUUAGUCCCCCCAAACUGCCCUCUUCUUAUACGCCCUUUGUGUGCAGUUUCUUUGCAUGUGGUGCCCUCCGAAAAAUUGGCUGUACAUUAGCUUCUGGCAUUGGGGGACCGAGCCAGAACAGUGUUAAUGGGUUGGAUUUGAAUCAGGGAAACCUGGGUUCAAACCUCCACCCAGCCAGAAGGAGCUCACCUACUGUGCAUCAUUUGGACAGGGCAUUAUCUGUGAACCCAUUUUACAGAACUGUGGCCAGAAUCUAUUGAAAAUGCGUACAUAAAGACCCUAUCUAUAUCUAUCUAUCUAUCUAUCUAUCUAUCUAUCUAUUUAUCUAUCUAUCUAUAUCUGUCCUACUGGGAUAUCGCAGCCAGCAGAGCACGAGACCCUUAAUCUCAGGGUUGUGGGUUCAAGCCCCAUGAUGGGCAAAAUAUUCCUGCGUUUCAAGGGGUUGGACUAGAUGACCCUUGUGGUCCCUUCCAACUCUACAGUUCUAUGAUUCUUUCUAUGUAUGGCCAGAAUAGAUACACUGGAGGAAUGGUGGGACAGGAAUAUUCUAGUGUUGGGGAAAUGAACAGCGUCAUUUUGAGAGAGCACCACCCCACCCCCGCAUGCUAGAAUAUGGCGUUUGGAUGAUUGGCAUUUCACAAUUGGAGGGGAGGGGAUGGUGGACUUGCUGCCUGCUAAAAAAAAUAACAACCCUUCAUUGGCCCAGUUUUAAAGGGAUACUAAUAGCCUUGGCAACCAUCCGCUGCCCCAGUGGCUGUAGCAGCAACAGUGCUUGACCUAACCCCUCGGACACAAGUGGGCACCUCUGUAUCUUGCUGAGGUUGCAGCUGGAAGGCUGUCUUUACAGCUAGAGAUGUCAUUCUUGUUUUUGAAGGGCAGCUGAAAAACAGCGAAACCUCAAGGCAGCAGCCUUCAAAAGAUUCAUCCCGAGUGAUGUGCUGAAUGCCAUUUCCAUGACCGCCUCCCCCCCUCCGAUGGACCGCUACAACUGUCCUCUCAAUGGGGCAGCCUGCUACUACACACCACACGUGCCCCCUCCCCCUCAGGUUCCUUUAAAGCUAGGAUCAUGGUGCCUUUUUUUCCCAGAUAGAUAAUUCAGCGGAGCCUCUAAUUAGGUUUCAGUUAAUUAAGAGCAGCAUCAUUAUCAUUUUUAACAUUGUUUGGGAGCUGGAGAAAUCCCAAAUUAAAGCUAAACCCCAAAAUCUAUUUGAAUAUUUCCCCCCAUACACAAAAUAAUUGCUAGGGGAAGAAAAACAACAUUCACCAAAACAGAACAACAAUCCCUCCCUCACACAUCCUACAGCAUUAAAAUGGCUGCUUUGGAAAACCUCAAAUCCCAGGUGGAACUGGGGUGUAGAUAGAAAUGUUAACAAAACUGAACAAAGCAUAUUAGCGGACAGAUCAGAAGUUUCAUUAGGUACAAUGGGUGCCAAAGGAGCUCUUUACUGGUUUUAUUCUGGUGGGUUCCACACCUGCCUUAAAAUGACCCCUCGUUAGCCAAUUUUGACCAGCAUAUUGUUUCCCCCCCUCUUUUUAUUGAAACCCACCAAACAGAUGUGAUGUAAGAAUGCACAAACUUGAUUAUAAGAAUGCCUAAGCUUUGUUCCGUUCUUCUAUCAAAUCGCAAAAAUUAAAAAUAAAGGGCAGAGCAAAAUUGUGGUGUCCAUUCUCUGGAGCUUUUGAAAUAAGGGGCAUCCAUUGUGUUUGACAGAGCUUUUGUGUGGAAAUAAAGAACGUCCCUUAAAAAGAUGUGUAUCUGCUCUCCCUAAUCCCUGCUUUCCCCUGCUUAAUUAAUGCUGGUCUUUGGCCACCUUCUGAGUACUACUCUUCAUAAAGAAAGAAAGGGGGGGAUUCUUUCUGACACUGGUGUAGUUGAUAUAUUCACCCACCCCACCCAACUGAUGUUUGACCUGAUCAUGGUUUAUUAAUUCCAGGGAGAGAAGAUUAAAAGAUGAGGCUUGUUAAAAAAAUAUUCUUUUUCUGACUGUCACUCAGUUCUUUGGCGAUGGACAACUACGAUGUGUGGUUCAAAGAGUUAAAUGAUCUGACUUGAAAUCCCUUUCUCUCUCAGCUACUUGAGCUUUUUCAUUCCAUUUUCUCAUCUGAUGAUGGGUUUGUACCGCUCUCUGGGUGUCCAGAGAAUUCAGAGAAAGAUGAGGUUUGCAUUUCUAAUGGGAAACAAGCAGAAAUGCAAACACCUUAGACUUUUUAACACACACACAAACAAAAUCUCCCCAGGCUUUUCAUGAACACAAAAGCAGAAUUGCCAGCUCUAGGUACUCCUAAUAAUUGGAUGUGUCUUUAAAAAGGAUGUCAUUUUCCUUCUACAAUUCCAUUUAUUCCGUAUUUGUCUUGUGCUUCUGGAUUCUUUUAAAUGCCUUGGUUUAAAAUCCUUCAUAACGAGAGCAUUUUCUCUUCCCCAAAAGGCAGCUACGGUUUCAGAUAACAGCCUGACAUUAAGACAACUAAGGAUUUUAAAUUUGCUCAUGGCACAAUCCACCACGGGAGAUCUCUUGUUCAGGCUCCACUGAAAACAACAGGGGCUAGCUACACAAGAGUGCGGCAGGGCUCCUGCACAGCUUCCAUUCAUCUCAGCGGCGCUUGUGCAGGAGAUCUCCCAGGUGAGUGCUGCCCUAGGAUUACUAACACACCGAAGAAAUUAAAAAGAUGUAAACUCGAUGCUCUCGUUUUGCAGUACGCUUAUGUCUACCGUGCCCCAGGUAAGACUGGGGGCAAUAGUCUGCAAACUGAUGUACUGCUGCAUUGGGAGAGAAAGUCUUUAGUUGAAAGAGCCCUGGCACGAUUCCAUUUUAGUAAAUAUCUAUUCCUGUGAGAGGGGAGUCCUGUUGUCCAGGCAGCCCAGGAACUCCAUGCACACUUAUUUAAAGUAGAUGUAUAAAUGAGUCAAUUAAGCGAAUUUGGAAUAUGCAGAAAAUAUAAAAAAUAAAUUUAAGGAACCACAGAAAGAGGGGGAAGGAAGUCGAGUUUUGAAAUGUUAAAAUGAUUGUAAAAUUAUUGAAAUGCGUAAGAUUGAAAACAAUAAUAAUAAUAAUGAAUGAAUGAAUGAAUGAGUUGUGCUACUUCUGAAAAUUUACCUCCCCAACUGCUCUUACCUCAGCUGAAGAAAGGAGAGGUGUAUGCACAUUUUUUCCUUGAUAAGUUUUUUGUGUCUAGGGUAUUUUUGGCAGGGAAGCAGCGCAAGGGAAAGGGUUUAUGAAGCCCCUCUCACCCUCUGUGCCAAUGCUCUCCUUCAAAUCUCAGCUUUGUCGGCUGCAGUGUACAGAAGAGGAAGGAAGUGCCACUAAAAAGAAUCAUGGGUCCACACGUAACAUGUAAUUCUGCCCCUGAAUGAGCUUGAAAUCGAAUCCACAGGGUGUGUGGGAAGCUAAUAGAUUGAUGAGAACCAGUAGUAAGAAGCCAGAGGAAAGUGAAAUUAGGAUCUGUUCCUUAGGUCUCUCCAAAGCAUGGUACAAAGUGUCUGCAAGAAUUGAAAAUACAGACAGUUAAGGCGUCCGUAAUCCUGAAUAAUGACCUAAUCUUUACUUUUCCUAUCAUCUCAUAUACUCUGCUCUACCUCCUCAGGCCUCUUAGGCAUAAUGUACCAUGAAGUGCAGUUUACAAAAUCAUAGAGCUUGAUUUUUUCCAAAUCAGUGAGAUGCCCAAAUCAGCUCAGCUUGAGUUUGCAGUGGUAAAUUGGAAUGAAAGGCUCUCGGAUUCAUUCAGAAAUAUGGUUUGUUUUUGUUUUUUUAAAACCACACACACACACGGUAGGAUUUCUGUGUCUUAGCUGCCAUUCAAGCAUGAAGACAUCCUGAGAUGGACCUUGGCAGGAGGUGGAGUAGCACUGCCUUGGGCUAGGAAUCUGUCUGAUCCCAUAAACAGAACUAGGUUGGCUCAUAUCUAACUGCCAAAUGUCAUGCAUCUCACACUGCCAUUCAUGCAUUUUCUGGUUGCAUGCAUUUCCAUGCUACCUUUGUGGGAUUUUCAAAGAGAGCUGGAAAAUUCUCCGUGAAUGUGGCAUAAUUUAAUCUCCUUUUCCAGACCAUUAAAAAAAAAUCCUGCAUAUUUAAUCUUUUAGAAGCUUGAAAUGUUAUGCUUAUUGAGCAGUUUAAAAAAAUUGGUGGCAUUGUCCUUGUGUUAGAGUUUAUUAGAUUACCAAUUAUAGGUCCCGUUUUUCAAAUAACUGAUUUGAAGCUAAAAGGUGAUGUGGCCUAUAUAUUAAUAGUGAGUGAGUAUGGAUUGUUAUGUAGCCAAAAUAGUACAAUCCGUACAUGGGGAAGAUAUCAGCAGGCUUGGGCAGACCCCAAGAUUUCCAGAAGUACGCAUCUUAUUUGUAGGGGGAGGGGAAUCUCAAAACAGCCCAUAGAGGACUGAGUGUGUUCAGUGGGCAUGGAAUGUGGACUGACUAUUGAGAGUGAAAAGGCUGAAAAUGGGGUCAGGAGAGAGGAAAUGGAAUGGAGUAUCCUGGUAGAGUGCAUGAUUGUUUGGUUGGAACUCUGAACAGGAGCAUUGUGCACUGACAUGUUUGCUGCAGGUCCCUCUUACUAACAUUGCUUCCAAAUCACACCCACAGCACGGUUAACGCCAAUCAGCUGUUCAAGACAGGCCAAAUAACAACAACAACAACAAUUUAUUUAUUUAUACCCCGCCCAUCUGGCUGGGCUUCCCCAGCCACUCUGGGUGGCUUCCAACAAAAUAUUAAAAUACAGUAAUGCAUCAAACAUUGAAAGCUUCCCUAAACAGGGCUGCCUUCAGAUGUCUUCUAAAAGUCUGAUAGUUGUUGUUCUCUUUGAAAUCUGGUGGGAAGGUGUUCCACAGGGUGGGUGCCACUACCAAGAAGGCCCUCUGCCUGGUUCCCUGUAACUUCGCUUCUCGCAGUGAGGGAACUGCCAGAAGGCCCUCAGAGCUGGACCUCAGUGUCUGGGCAGAACAAUGGGGGUGCAGAUGCUCCUUCAGAUAUACUGGACCGAGGCUGCCUAUUCACUGCCUUUAAAGGUCAGCACCAACAACUAGAAUUGUGCUCGGAAACGUACUGGUAGUGGAUUUAGGUUCACCCCCACCAAAUAAAUGAUGAGCGCUGCUCAGAAUCUUUAACCAAGGUCAUGUGCCCAUAACCCCAAUUCAAAAGCAAGAACUGCUUGUCAAUUUUGGUGGUGUGCCUUUUCAUGCGGCCAUUUUUGUGGUGUACCACAUGCAGCCCAUUCUUUAAGCUUCUACAGACAGACCACCUAUUAUCGAUCAGGCUCAAUAUACUGUAGCUAAAUUGAGUUAUUCUGAUAGGCCCCAAUUCCUGUAACUAUUUAGCUAGAAAUGAAUGCAAGGUUUGGGUGGCUCUCCUUGUUAUUUUUCUCUAGUUUUGUAUAUGGACAACUGUGCCCUUUUCCCCCUUAGUGGCAUAUCUACCACACUUAUACUAAACAGAUGGGAUAGCUAAAUGCUAAACUCUGAAUCCUAAAAUAUACAGGGAUAUGCAAAUAACUGUUUGGGUUUUCUUGCUUUGGUUUAGUUUUUUACACACAUUGCUCUGUGCUCAUUUGGCAGCUGCAUAGACAGCUGAACAUUGAGUUUCUAAGGAGGGAAAGAAAUCAUCAUCAUAAAAAACAAGACAAUACAAGAUCAACCAUGAAUCAGAGACGCUGUCCUGGGGGCCAAAUCUAUAGUCUGACUCUGUAAUAGGAGUGGGUAUCAGGGCUCCACAGUUAUUAGAACAUCAAUUGGAGAGAGAUGAGAAACUUCCUGAAAUACCUUCCCGAGAGAGAAAUUAGAAGUGGUGUUUUUGCUUUCCAGAAUGUGUAUGAGUACUGCAACAGCAUGUGCGUGAAAUUUAUGUGAAGAAUUGUCACUGCUUUUCCUUUUUCCACACCUUGAUUUCGGUUUAGUAGGGUAAGGAGGGCCAGAGGAAGUCAGAGUGCUUCUGGCUCUUGAAUCCUAGGCCUGAGGCUGGAACACAUGAGGUUUGACUUUGAUUCCUGGUUCAAACAAGAUUAAAGGUUCCCAAUGCCCCACCCAUGCAUUGAAAUAGCAUGUGAGGGCUGGUGUUGCUGAUGCAUGCAGCAGCCACACAUCUGUCCAUGCAUUCAGCCAGCGUGUGAAGGGGAUUUACUGACUGGUGAACAUGUCUAGGACGCCCCCAUGUGAGGGGAGCAUCCUGAUUGGGCGCCAGAGUCCUCCAUUGCAUCAAGGAGCUGGGUCUGCGCAUGGAGCCCCUUCGCACACUGGCCAGACAUGCAGACACCAGGGGCCAUGACUGCUGCACGUGUCUGUGGGGAUUAUGACUAGUCUGUAUGACCCCAUGCUCCCUGCACCCAUUUGAACACAUGGAAGGUGGGACACCUGAACUCUGGCAAGUAUUCACUGCCUUUAUUUCAGCCUUUCCUAUCGCUAGUCAGGGUUUUGUGGAACAGCACUUGUAUAUCUGGACUGGGGUAUGGGGAGAGGUUGAAAGGCUGGUGUUGAUGGACGUGGUUCUCCUCUUUGCAGUGGACUGUGAAUCUGAGUCUCCUGAUGCGGUGUACCUUCCAGCCGAACUAAAAGUGCUAAAUGGCCCAGACUACUUCCGUCUUCAGCGUACGGACCGCUACAUGCCAGGAAAUGCCUCCCUCAGCUCCCGCUCAGAGACCUUCCUCUUCCUCCACCGUCGACUGUCAGGGAAGCCCACCAUCCAAGCUGGCUACCCCCCUUUCACAGCUCAGCAGGUAAAUAGUCACAUGCAGCUGUACAAGGGGACUCCCUUUCCUUUCUUGAUUCCUGCUGUGAGGUGCUUCAGCAGAGCUCAAGACUUUCUCUCUUCCCCAGGCAAUACCAGCUGAUGACUCUCAAUCCACAGACGUCUCCACAGCCUGGGACAUCCGGGCUGUGUCCAUUGAGGGCACAGUGUCCCCUUACGAGCCAUACACCAGGGUGCUCUUCCACCUCCAAGGGCAGGACUGGAUGUCAAGACAGCAGGCCCUGCCAUGCGUCACCUUACAUGUCUUCCACCAGGCCCAAGUGGUUCAUCGUGCCUGCCACCUCCAGGUUGGUCAAUGAGAUGCCACUCUUUUGGGUAGUCGUCGUCGUCCCUGCCAACUGCCUUACUUGGGACAGAUUUGGUACAUGACCCUGAAAUGUCAUAGGAUAGUCUUCACCAGCCUGGUGCUCUCCCCAUGUUUGGGACUGCAAUUCUUGCCAGCACUCUCUCCUCACAGGGGCUGAUGGGAGUUGUAGUCCCAAACAUCUGGAGGGCACCAGGCUGACUCAGGCCCACAGAAUAAGCUCUGGUAUGAUUCACUGUAAGGAUUCUUUUGUAAGCAUCUAUCAACAAACUAGAAAGUGGAAUGUCAAAGCUGGCCAGGGAUGUCAUAUGAAUCCCCUUCCUUGGAUUUUUUUUUUUUAAUUAUUAAGAAGAGAAUGGACAAACAUCCAUCUGUUAUGGUUUAAGUCUACAAAUCCCUGGUGUUCCAGGUGGCAGGACUCAUGAGACUCCUUCCAGCACUGUGAUUCUAGAGCAGAGAUGGAUAGCAUGAGACCCUUAAUCUCAUUGUUGUGGGUUCAAGCCCCAUGUAGUCCCUCCCAACUCUACAGUUCUGUGAUUCUAUGACAUUAGGGCUCACGCACUUGUAAUGUUCGCAAAGGAGAGGGAAUUUCAGGAGAGGAAGCUUGUCAUUAUAGUUCUCCAGAGGUGAGAAAAAUCCCCUCUUACACAGAACAUUAAAUUUAUACAACGGGUGCCUUUUUUUCUAUAGCAUUGUUAUUUCCAUUGCAUGUUGGAUAAUAUGAAACUGUUUCCAAAACUGGAAAAACCUUUCCCCCCCCAAAAAAAAAUAUGAACGGGCUCUUUUCUAAAUAUCUCUGUGUGGGGAACAUUUCUGCUUUUAAAAUAACUGGUUGUUGUUUUUAAUUACACACUCAUACCACUCAUUAAAAGAAAGCAACAUUUAACAAGCUCUCCAAUGUUCAUUCAGAACACAUGUGAAAAUGUUUAGUACUUUGCUGGGAAGAAAACCGAAAUGAUAAAGCACUGGAAUUACCCUAGGCAGGUGUUGGCUUCCGUACUGAGGACGCUUCACUGCAGCUUCACACAUUGAGAAAUGCAGGGAUUCUACUUUUGCAGGUUUCCUGGAAGUGCAGAAAUCAAAUGUGACUCACAGCUCUACUUACCAGGACUUUCUGUAAUGUGUGAAGCUGCCCUCAGGGUGCUCAUACGGAGAAGGGAGGGUGCAUAUUCUGUUCUUCCGUGCAUUCUCUAGGUGGUGGGGGAUAGUUCAAUCUGUUAACAUGGGAGAGGCAUUUGUGCGCAAGUCAGUGAUUCUUCAAGCCAUUCCGUUGCUCUUGCUGAAGCCUGGGAGGUUUAACAUCCAACUUGUAAAGGGCUGCAAAAUGUCAGCAGUUCAACUUGGCCUUCCCUGUAGUAGCCCAUUAGCUUUAUUCCCCGAGCCCCCUGUCAGUUACCGAUGGCAACUGGUUGAGUGGUGGCCAAGCUCAGCAGAGAGCUCCCUCUGCACCCUGAGGCCAAGCAUGUGGUAACUGUCAGAUCUGCCUUUUUUUGAGCUGGUGGCCUGGUAAUGUCAGAGUGAGUCUGCGAAGUUCUGCCUUGACGUGGGCUUCCUGCUGCAUGCUGGUCCUGCUUUACUGACUGCUCUGGCUUCAAAUCCCCACCAGAAGAUGUGUGGGCUAGGUGAGACAGAAAAGACAGGGACAGAAGGAGAGAGAUAGAUGAUGAGCAAGAACUAGUGGAAAUGGAAUAUGGUGACAAGCAGGAUGGGCCCUUCCAUGAACCAAGGUGAGCCUCUUAACUCAGGUGGCAGAAUGCUCAGGGCAGCAGAUGGUGCUUCUCACCGCCCAGUCCCCCAUGGCUGUCCUCCCACAGUCCCACCCACCACCCCGCUGUCACCUACCCACCCUCUGGCAAAUUUGGGCCCUGUGUGUGUCAGCCAAGGCCACAGAGCCACCAUCACUGACCAUUACCUAACUAAGUGGCACAAGAACAAAACAAAAGCUAAUUUCUGGUCACUGGACCAAAGUGGACAGCAGCUAUAUUCCUGCAGCUACCCUGCCCCCAAUCCCCUUUCAUCAGAGUGAGGUAUUAUGGCAUGAGAUAGGCCCAGAAAGAGAUUGCACCACAGCCCUUGCACCACAGUGGCAAAAAGUGGGACCUCUGAGGCCCUCUUGGUCAGUCACUCAAUGUGUCUUUCAAAGUGAGGUGGGAUAGCUGCCCUACCAAGGCUGGUUGAGAGGAAAAGAGUGGCAGUUGCCACUUAAGGCAGGUUGGGAGGAGGGGCGGGGAGAAAGAGCAGCUGCCGCGCGACAUUUCUUGGUCUGCUUCAGUCAUCAAAGUGUAUUGGGCUGACCCUAGUUGUAGAGUAAGGUGAGGUGAGAGUAGCUUUCUUGGACUCCCAAAGUAAGGGACUAUAGCUCAAUGGUGGAGCUGUUGCUGCAUGCCCAUAAGGCUCAUUUCUGGCAUCUCCAAUUAUAAGCAUCCCAGAGAGCUAGUCUGAGAGAGACCUUUCCUGAGAUCCUUGAGACUCAAUCAGAGCAGGCCAUACUGGACUAGACAGACCAACGGCCUGACUUGGUGUAAGGCUGCUGCAUGGGUUCACAUACCAUGAGGAGGGACUUAAAAGGAGCACAUGGUUUGUCUCUCUCUGCUUCUCCUGACCAGGCACCGCUGGGUGUGUGUGUGGUGGAACUCGAGCUCCCCCCUCGCUGGUUCUCUCCUGCACCCGCCAGCAGCCAAAGGAAGGGAGAGGAUUCCACCAUCACUCCUCUGCGGGCUGAGCUGUACUACACCCUGGAGCCCACGCUGCCCGGAAGGACGCCGAGAGAGUGCCCCCACGUCCGACCCCGGGAAAGGCCACGUCCGGGCGCUGAGGGCGGCAAGGAGCGACUGCACUACGUGGGCCCGGUUGAUAUCAGGGUGAUGAGCCUGCCGCGGCGCCAGGAAGUGCGGCUGGACGACAACGUGAUGGUCCGCGUCCCCGACAUGGCCCUUCGCCCGGGGCAGCUCUUCACGGCCACCCUCAUCCUGCAGCAGAACUUCACGGCUGACCUACUGAUUCUCCGGUGAGUCAGGGGAGCCAGGCUUUGGGAUUCCGGCCAUAACGUUCUCAUUCCAGUGAAUGACAAAGGAAUCUGAAUUCUUAGGGGGAGCUUUCGAGUCAACUGCGGUUAUGUUAAUUCUUAACAACCAGAGAGCACUUUCAAGUGUUCAAGCGCUUUGCAUGUUUUAUUUAGUUGUGAUCCUUACAAAAAAACUUGUGCAUCAGUAUUCUUAUCCCUCAAUACGCUUUAUCUAAGGUCACUUCAUGACAGAGGCAAGAAUCAAACUGGGGACUUCCUGAUCCACAGCUCAUUCUGUUAGCCACUAUGUUACACUAUCUCUUGGGUGCUGUCUUCCCUCAAUUAUAGGCAGUUCAAGCCUUGGGGUGCUCAUUCCUCUGGGGCCUGGCCCUCAUUAUUCCUUAGCCUAUCGCCAGAGCUGCUGUGAAACUGUUUUGCUGGCUUUUUCCUGUCUACUCACCUCACUUUGCUGCUUUUCCUUUCAGGAUCAAGGUGAAGAAAGGGUUACAGGUUUUGGCAGCUCGCCCUACCAGGCCAGAGGCUUGGACUGCAAAGCUGGACAAGUUCAAGGGUGCCAAACACCACACCGCUCUGGUCACUUGUCGGCGUUCCCUUACUAGUGGCUUGGACUGGAGGUAGGUGCUCAUUGGACUUCUCUUGGCGUCAUGAGGGCUAGAAACUUUUUGUUUAUUUCAAAUGAAAGCUGAGAUUUUCAGGAAAUAGGAAUCUGUACCCAGUAUCACUUCUGUGGUGUUUGUUUUUUGAAGUUCUUGUGGAAUUGCAAUAUACUCACAGCCCUUACUAUAUCUCUUUCAGUGGAAUUGUUUUGUCUGCUGAACACAAAGACUAUACAAGGGAUUCUUGAGGGAGAGCUAUACUGUUCAGCUACAGUAAUGUAGAUAGUCAGUCUUGUUUUGAGAGGCUCACCCUUCACCUCUCUCUGUGAAGAAAGUAAGGAGAUAAGAGAACAUUGAGACAGAAAAACACACCAAACCCUCUCCUUAUCCUCUAUAAAGGAAUGUCAACUAGGUGACUGGCGCAACUUUCAUUGGUCCAGACUGUCUCUAAGCAAUAUUUGAUUAUAGUGUCUCCUCCUCAUUCUCCGCUGCAGCCUGAAUAAAAGACUGGGUCUGGUGAUGUGUGAAACUUAACUGUUUGUCCCCCUGUAAGCUUGGUCAGCCAGUUAAAUAGAAAUUCAGGAAAUUAUUUGAAAAAGUAUUGGGUGUUUUUCUUCCUAUCCAACCUUUCCACUCUGUAAUGAACAAAAAUUGAGAACAAGUCACAUACGCAUUAAGAGACAGUAUAAAUCUCAGCAUUGUUCCAGAGGUUAAGCCAAAUGCCUCCUGGAAUAAAAACCUUUCAGGUCAUGACAGAAAACCAAAACUGAGGGGGCCCAGGGCAAAGUGCUCCACCUCCUGGGCUCCACAGAAGAGAGUGCCCACCACCCCUGCUUCUUCCAACUGUGCUUCUGAUAGUAGCAGGACAAUCUCGAAAGGCCUCCAUCACUGAUCUAAGUUGAACAGGCACAGUGAAUUUCUAUGAUCUACUCAGCUUCUCUUGGGCUCUGUGUUUACUUCUGCUUUACACUUAGUGUGUUGUUGCCUAUCCUUAUCUCCAUCUAGGGCAGCAGAUUCCCCAGAGUUCCUGUAUCUGGAUUUUGUCGUGGAGAAUGGCACAGGGGGCCUAGCUUCUAACCGUCCUGUCACCUGGCAAGUGGAGUAUCCUGGCCAGGACCCCGAGGCUGAGAAAGACAAGAUGGUGUGGGAGAUCCAAGUGUCGGAGCGAGAUGUGCGGGCCUUGGUUCCACUGGUGAAGGUGAGGCCUAGAAGGGCUGUGCUUCCCCUCCUCAUAAGGUACCCCUGAGGGGCAUCUAACAAUGGUUCCUCACUUUGUUUUUCCUUGACCCUCUUCAGGAGCAGGAGAUUGUGAACACUGCCCUCCUCACAGGAAUCCCCCACUCAGUGCCUGUGAAGCUGGUUGUGGUAGAGACUGGGGGAGCAGUAUCAGAGGUCAUGGACCAGAUGGGCUGUGAGUCUUCCAACAAGCAGGUCCUGCAGGUGAGAAGCUAAUAUGCCUCACAAAGGGUCUGUUUCCCUCUCUGUGGCCACAGGAUUAAAAUCCGCUUCCUAGGGGUCUUAACUCCAGGCUUCAUUCUUUGUCCAUAUCUCUGGGACAAGUCUCCGUAGCCCCCAAAAUGACCAGACGCCCAUUUUGUGUAAGUCUGGUGUUUUUAUCUGUCCACCUUAUACAUGCAGUGCUGUUAUGCACCUGUCUUCCUAUACUCCUUGCAAGCCUCCUCUUUGUUUCAUCUGUUCUUACACAGUAUCCUUCCUCCUGCCUCCCAGCUUCAGACUUGGCAAACCAUGGAUUUGUCCCAUUCUUUAAUGUAGGCCUCAGCCUUCUAGUUGCCUCCAUGACAGGUCUUGAGCUAACUCUGUCCUCUUCCUCUGUCUUUUCAUGGGUUGGGCUAAAGUGACUGUGAAAAAUGUUGGGCCACAGGAAAGACAAAUGUACCUCUCCCUGCCCCCCUCAAACCCCCCACUCUCCUCUUUCCCCUACAACAAAUCUUGGGCCCCUGCCAGAUCUGCCUUCUUCAGUAGGCUACAAGAAGCCCCAUAAGACUUCCUGGCUACAGUCGCUGAAUGAACUGCACAUCAGGGGGAGGGAAGAGGAAGCAUAUAACAGGCCUAUGGCCAGUUCCAUAAUCAGAAAUGGGACCUGAACAUCUUUCUUCUCACCUGCUCUGCACCCUUAUGCGGUCUUCCAGCAUAUUCUUGGGUGCUUGUCUCUGCAUUUGUGGACCUUCUUGAUGUGUUCCUCAAUUUUCCCUCAGGUAUCCGACGUGUGUGAUGCUGUCUACGUAGGGGGGAAAGAGAGCCGAGGUGCACGUGGCGUACGGGUGGAUUUCUGGUACCGUCGGCUGCACGCUUCACUGCUCUUUACUGUCUGGGCCCCACUGCUGCCCCUGCGCAUUGAGCUGACAGACACCUCUCUAGAGCAGGUGCGAGGCUGGAGGGUACCUGGUCCGGCCCCAGAUGGGUAAGUGCUAUGGAACCAAGUUGGGUUGACUGAGCCCUGUGUUUAUGCCACAGAGUGAGGUCUGUGUGCUCUCUGUGCUUAAGCAAGAGGAGAGGGAAGAUAUGAGGGAUAAUCUCAAGGGAGUGUUUAGAGCGGGGAUGGGGAAGCUGUGGCCUUCCAGCUGUUGUUGGACUCCCAACUCCCAUCAGCCCCAGCCACCAUGCCCUGUGGUGAGGGGUGGUGGAAGUUGCAAUCCAGCAACAUCUUGGCAGGCGGGUGUCAAAGGAUCCCCUUCCCUGAUUUAGUCAACGGCCAGAGCUUUGAUACUUGUAGGGUGGGUGACUUCUCAUUCCUCCAUGCAAGCCCAGUGGUUCUGUAUAGACAGCUGUUGUCAUGUGGGCCAAAGCGAACAAAGAAUGCAAAACAGAAUGAUGUAUUCAUGGACAGUGUUCAAAAUUCCCCAGCCACGUUUUGCUACUGGUGCAGAUCAAGUUGCAACUACCUGGAGAUUUCUGGGCGCCGGGUUGAUGACUGACAUCUCCAUCCUGCCUUGACGUGCAUAGCAAAGUCUUGUGUUUCUGUACAAAUCAUGGCCCCCUUGUUGGGCAUCUUAGUCCUCCAUCAUCACAUCAAGGAAAGUAAGUGCAGGGCUGAGUACAGAUAUACUUGACUGUGCUUCAGCCUUUCCACAGCCCCCCCCAAUGGACUAACAGAUCACAGCUUAAAAACCUCUGUCUUAGUCUGUAGUUAAUACCCUUUCCAUUUCCACUGUGUGUUUUUCUCCUUCUUGCAUACCGAGACAAGUGAAUUGUUGUAAGAGCAAGCUACAGUCAAGCAGUGUAGUUGAGAUAGUAGGAUCAUGCAGUGUUAGAGGGGGCCCUGAGAGUCAUCUAGUACAACCCCCUGGCAAAUAGACAUUCCUUUGUGGCAACCGUAACCUAGGUUUAAGGUGCCAUUUGGCACCUAGCUUGUAUAUCUGAGUUUCUGCUCAUGGAUGGUCUAGGAGCAUGGUUUCAAAAUGCACCAUAGUCUUUGUCGACACCAGCCUGUUGGUUGAUGCUGGGAAUACAUGGCUCCUCUAAGGCAAGACAGAGCACUGCUCUGCUCUGCUCCCCUUUGAUUCUUCUCUUCAUGGAGGCUUUCCCCUGUGUGGGUAUCUUUUCUGGCACUGGCCUCUACGGUUCUUUAAUAAAUGGUUCCUGUUAUCCUGUCAGGUGGCUGCUGGGGAGAUACCUAAAUCGCUGAAAAAUAACUUGGGGAAUUGAUUAUUUCCAUUUGCAUUUUGGCAGAGAGAUUAAUGGCGAUAGUGCUCCAGACAUAUUGUAUUGUCUGGAAGUUCCUUGAACAUCUUUAAUGAUCAACGAACAAACAAAGCAUGGCUGGUGGUGGUGCCUUGAUUAAUACCCAGUGCACAGCAAGCAAGAGAUGAUGAUGUUAAUUAUGGUAUAAUAUAGUGCCUACAAACUACUAGGUGCUUUACACAUCAUUCUCCCUAAGAGCUCACAAUCUAAAAUAACACACAGAGGAGAAAGGGUAAGGGAGGAGAAGGGAAGAGAAGCAUGAGAGUGUGCAAGGAGAUAAUUUUUUUUGCCUAGGUGCAAAGCUACACAGCAGGAUGGCCACCUGACUCAAGUUAUAAUGGAAAUGUCAUCUCGAUCUUUGGAACUCCCCGCCCAUUGAUGUGGGCAGGUGCCUUUGCUGUAGCAUUUCAGCACCUGCUGAAAACCUUUAUUUGUUUCAGAAACCCUACCCAGGCAUAUAAUUUUAGCAUGUAAUUCUACUACGUACCUUUUAAAAGUUCAGGUUUAAUUUUAACUUGUUAUGUUUACUUGGUUUUAAUCUUUGCUUUUAUCAAUUUUUUUCCAAAUGAAUAUUUUGGGAUUUUUCAUUGGAAACUACUUAGAGGUCUUGUGUUGAUACAGACUGCUAAAAUAAAAUCUAAAAAUGGUAGGAAUUACAUUGUGCACACUUGGAACACCCGGUACUCUUGUAGGAAGGUGGAGUAGAUGUUAAUUUCAUGUAAGGGUUUACUUGGGGAUAAUUCCAACCUCUUUUAUAAAGCUUUUGUCGGGAUUACUGAGAUAAUGCACCUCGAGUGCAUUGCUUGAAAUGCGCCAUUAUAAAUGCUGAGUACAAGUUAUCCCUCCUCUUCCGAGCAGCAGCCCAACAGAGCCUGAAGACGGUGGAGAGGAAGCUGAGAGAAGAGCUCGUGGCUGCCGUCUCCAGUACCAGCGUGCCGGAGUCCGUUUCCUUGCCCAUUUUGUGGCUCACCCACUAGAUGGUGGCCGUCACUUGACCUAUAUGCCAAGCUCUGAUUGGCUGCUGGAUGUCUCUCAUCUGGUGCAAAAGCACGCUAGAAUCCAGGACCCCCGAGUGGCAACACUGGAAGGUGGAAGUAUAGUGGUUGGCCAGGAACCAGGAAUGACAUCUGUGGAGGUAAGGAGCAGUCCAGGGGGGAAAGAGAGGCGAGGGUGCUGUUUGUUGGCUGCUGAGAUGAAGUGGGGCAAGAAGCUUGCUUGAUGUGUGAUGAUAACCUCAGAUGGGUUGCCUAGAAGUCUGGGCAUGUGCUUUGGAUGUUACAGGAUAGCAGAGGUAUUUGGGGAAAAGGUGGAGCAAUGGGAAGAGUGAACGCCUAGGAACAGGUGGAUGUGAUCUGAACACAGUUAGGAUAGGUGAUAUGGUUUGCUGUGGGAGGAGGGAGUCAGAAGACAGGACACUGAAGUGGGGAACACAGUGGGAAAGAUCCCAGGGUAGGAUGACAGGUACAAGCACAAGCUGUAUUGACACAUGUACAAGCGUUUGUUUGAAACCGUUACCUGUGUACACUUAUUUAUUUGCACAGCUCAGCUGUUGGGUACACAGGCACACAAAUGGUACGCUCGCUGAAUAUUACAUGUGAAUAAUUAUGCAAGUGUGCAGCUCAACUGUUUGGGUUCACAUACUCUACACUUGUUGAAUGUAAUGUGUGAACACCCCAGUGGUGAAUGCAGGGAAGCUACAAAGAAAGGGGAAUAUGGCAGUCUUGCAAAUAUUAAUAGCCAACAAGCAUUUUCCUUUUACAUAUAUUUGUCAAUCACUAGUGGGAAACCAGCUUCCCUUACACAUCAGAGGACGCUUGGUACUAGUUAUCUAUUUACAAGCUGAAGCAAUUCAGAAGAAUAUCGAAGAAUAGAGAUACUGGUUCUGUGAAAAGUCUCCUCUUGAGGGUCAUCAUGUCCUCUCUAUCCCCUGGUUCAGGUGCGUUCUCCUGUUUCUGACUCUAUCUUGGGGGAGCAGACCCUGGUGGUGACGGAGGAGAAGGUCUCCAUCUCAGAGCUGCAGGCCCAGCUAGUCUCAGGCCUCUCGCUGACACUCUCCGUGGAGCCAGGACACCUGAAUGUCUUCACUGCAACGUGUCAGGGACUCUCUGCUCUGCGCUCCCUGAAGCAGGUGAGAAGAUGCUGCAGUAGAUAGCAGAGGAAGGGCCCUAUUGGGGAGUUGGUGGUGUGGCAAGUUUAAGGCUCAUCAGCCAUUUGGUCCAAGGAAGUGAUGGAGGGUGCACAUGGAAGAUGAAGCCCCCAUCCUGCUGUGGUCCACCCAGGUAGGAGCUGGAUUUCAUGGCUGCCACUGAAACCUGCAGCCUUGUGUCUCCUCCUCCAGUCUGGCAAAAUCUACCUGUACAGACAUGUGGCUUGGCACAGUUGUGCUGUGAGUUUCCUUGCCUCCACAAAUGAGGACCUGAAAAAGGGGAACCAACCAAAGUCCUCCAGGCAGAUUUGCAAAAUGCAAUUCAAUAAAUAAAAAAGCUUCAGUACAAAUGACAUAAAAAACAUCAGAAUCAACACCAAAGCAACACCAAAAAAAGAGGCACAAAUCAGGCGAGCAUGAAUUCAUAUAAAAGCCAGCCUCUUGAGGACUUUUGACGUCCAGCCCUGAGGGGGCAAUUACCCAGGUUACAGGGGGUCAGUCCCAGCAUGCACUGCUCCAGAUAUGGCAAGCCUACCUCAUAUUAAACUCAGGGCUGUGUCUUAUCUGUGUGGUCUCCUCCACCUCCUGAUCCCACGUUCCCUUUCCUUGCAGGAAGCAGUGCUGACCAUCUGGCUGGUAUUCACUGACCACACCUUGGCCCCUGUAGAGCUUUAUGGCUGGCGGGAUGCGGUGCUCUCGCUUUCUUCGCUGAACCCUCGCGUGGUCUCCGUGCGGCUGGAUGAGGAGCAGGCUCGCCCUGUGGCCGUGGCGGAGGGGCCGGGCCGAGGAUCCCUCCUGCAGCUGAGCCUGCACCCCCCAGACUCCUGCCGCAAGGGCAAGCAUAGGGCCCCCCUCUCCCAGGGCACCAUGUGGCUGGAAGUGAACUUUGGCCAACACCUCCCGACCACAGGCAGCCCACAGCAGCAGGACCCCGGUCUCCACGGCGAGCCCCCUUUCCAGCGAGCAGAAGGCGCCAUGUCAGGCGAAGCAGUGACGGUUGCAACCGUCACCGAAAGCGGAAGGGGGUCACGGAGGCGCAGCCCGGUGGGAGUGGGGCCACCCAUGACCAAAUUUGAGGAGCCUGGCGGCAGCUCCUAUGACAACCCUGAGAAGGUGGAGGUGGAGGAGGAGGACGAGAUAGUGAAGGCCCCUGCCAAGGUGACGGAUCUGGAGAUAGGCAUGUAUGUUCUGCUGGGGGUUUUCUGCCUCGCCAUCUUCAUCUUCCUCAUCAACUGUGUGGUCUUUGUCCUCCGCUACCAGCGCAAGGAGCCCCCUGACGCUGGUUCGGGGUCGGCUUCUUCCGCCCCGCAGCCCCACAACUGGGUCUGGCUGGGCACUGACCAAGAGGAGCUUAGCCGGCAGCUGGAUCUGCGCCACCAGCACUGCCAGGACCAACCCCUGGGCCCUUCCGGCACCAGCGACGGGUGCUGCUGCUGUGCGGGUCCAGAAGGGAAGCUGGAGGCUGUGGCUCAGGAGAGCCCAGGUCCGCCUCCACUGCCACCGCUGGGGCCAGAGACGGGCAUUUCUGCCAGCACUCUGGGCCUGCCUGCCCCUGGGAGCCCAGCCCUCACCACCACCUUGUCUAGAAAGAAGGAGGGCAGGGAGGUGGGUGGCCGGCGGAAGCGCGUGGAGUUUGUGACCUUCGCGUCCCCCCCUGGCUCUGCUCCCAGCCCCCCGCCUUCCGCUCCUGCCGUUCAGUCCAUCCUGGUGGCCAGCGAAGACGACAUCCGCUGGGUGUGUGAGGACAUGGGGCUGCACGACCCAGACGAGCUGCGCAGCUACAUGGAGAGGAUCCGGGGCAGCUCCUGACCUCUGGCUCUCCCGUGCCCCACCUGUACCCAUAGGGGCAAACCAAUAAGGGAUUGGCACCUGCAAGCUCCCCCCCCCCGGGUGCUCUCCUAGGGUCAUCCAGCUGGGCGUUCUCCCCUUUCCCCCCUUUCUGAAGAGGGCUCUACACAACAGGAAACCAGCCUUGGGUUACUCGGCCAGAGAUACUUGGCUGCUCUCUCUAUGUUAGAGAUCUCCUUCCUUGGCUGCACCACUAAGCCCUCUCUCUUUUCAUGCCGGAGAGGGAUGUGCUGGGUUGGAGCCCUCCCCUUCCUGCUAUGACCUCAGUGGAGCUACCUCUCCCUCGCGGGGACAGAACCUGGGUUGCCCUCGCUGCUUCUCCCCUACUCCCACCCCAGGAGGUUUCUAACUAGAGUGGGGGGGGGGGUUGAGGACUUUGCAGGCUGGAAAUCAGCUGCCCAGAGCAAGCCAACUGCAAUGUGUUCUGGAGGGGGAUCCUGGGGGCCAGUGGGGGUGCCUUCCUUCCCCCAGACCUCCCUUAUUGCUUUGACCCUCAUUGCCAGUUUGUGUCCAUUGUGGUGGUUUGAACAGCGAGUGUCCCUUCCUUCCUGUGGUCUUGAGCCUGGGGCUCUUCCCCUCCCCGCAACUCCCACACCCCACCUCCAAAAAAAGAAAAAGAAGCCGGGCAAGGGCAGAACUCCAGCAAGCACCGGCCGGUCCUUUUUCACCCCAGCUGUGUGCCUGGUGUCUUUUAACAGUUUUGUACAAUCGCUCAUAUUUUAUACCUGUAGUAUUGGGAGGCUGCCAGGCAAGUCCUUUUAUUUAUGGGAG